AGCUAAUCUAAGGGCUUUUUGGUUAAGUCAAUAGGGUAAAAAAUUAAUAAAAUUAGUGUGAAUAAACUAAACACACCACAAAUUAAGAAUGGCAAAUAAUAAUUAUAGAAAUAGAUUGGGAAGACUACAAAUGGUGCCAGAGAUCCUGCUAUCCCUCCCAUUGCAUUUGUUGUCCCAAGUCCUAAGGAUCGAUAUAGGGUAUGAUAGGAUUCAGCAAAUAAGACAUUUAAAGUUCCACAAUUUAUCUUGCAGCAGAAUUUAAAGAUGGCAAGUCCUGUAAUGAUUAUAUACAAUUUCCAAUGCCACGUAGAAAAUAGAAUUAAGGUGAGGACUGUUGUAGAAAAUAAUAAAGUCGAUAAUCUACCAAAUUUAUCGAUACUAUAUAACAUUACAAAUAUAGCUGGGAUCUCACCUAUAUCUAAAAUAUAUAAAUGUAGCAACGUCUUGUUUUCAUCAUCCAAAAUAAAUGGUAAAAUGUUAAAGAUAGCCAUCAUUGCAAACAUAAACAAGAAAUUUAUUGAAUAGUUC